AUGGCUUCGUCACUUGGCGCUUUGAGGAAUGUUGUCGAACCAGCUUUCAUCGUCUUUGCCUUCACCGUAGGCACCCUCAUCAACCGCCGCCGACUGGAUCGUGACGAUGACGUAGACUCGUGUGAGCGUGGGUCGGAGGAUUCCUCCUCCCGCCCCACCUCUCCGCUCCUCAAGCCGGGGAUGCGCGCGGAGUCGGGCGAGGUGUCCCGCAUCAACAGCAAACUUCUCGUUCGAUUUUACAAUACCUUUCCGUUUCUUGCUGAAAUCUGGUAUUGGAAUGCGACAUACUGGAUAUACCAACUGCUCCGUGCCUUCUCGGCACGCAUGAUAGCCGGUAACGAAGCUGUUUUCGCAAGAGCCCGCGAUCAUGCGAUUUCUAUCUUGAAGAUCGAGCACUUUUUCGGCAUUGACAUCGAGCUUGGGGUACAGAAAUAUGUCCUCAACAACAUGCCAUGGUUGAUGUCCUACCUGGCCAAGAUCUACUACUUCCACAUCAGCCUGGGCAUCAUCUUCAUCAUCUACUGCUACACCUUCCUUCCACCGCGCACUUUCCAGAGGAUCCGACGAACUAUCGCCAUGGACAACGCAAUCGCCUUUGUCAUCGUGACAACGUACCGCUGCAUGCCGCCGCGCAUGCUUCCGGCCGAGUACGGGUUUGAGGAUGUGCUCCACGGAGCAAAGGGGGGAGGCAACGCCUGGACACACAACAAGUUCCAGCUUACCAUCGCCGCGAUGCCGAGUCUUCACUGCGGUACCGCUCUCUUCCUCGCUUGGAGCAUCUGCCGAUUCUCGCCCCAUCGUCCCCUUCGCCUCAUCGCGCCCCUGUGGCCGAUGGCUAUGCUUUUCACGAUCGUCGCAACAGCUAACCACUUCAUCUUGGAUGCUAUGAUCGGUGCGAUGGUCCCUGUUAUUGGGUGGAGGUUCAACCGAGCUGUCUUGGUAUUACUGCCGAUACAAAAUCGGGUGUUGGAGGGACUGGGGUUGAAGACCCCUGAGGAUCAGGAUAACACUACGGCAUAUAUCCCGAAAGAGUGGUAA